AUGCAGAAGAGCGGCGGAGCCAACUCGACGGCGCGGCGGCGCCCGCUCACCGUCCACUCCGGCAACAAGGCGUGCCCGGCGCUGGAAUCCCUGGUCGGCAAGCCCCCUCCUCCCGCCGCCCGAGCGACCGCCGCCGAGGUCGACGCGGCGCUCGCCCGCACGGACCUCGCGGGCAUCGUCUCCCAGAAGAGCCUCGGAGCCAACUCGAUGACGCCGCGGCGCCCGCUCAGCGUCCUCUCCGGCAACAAGGCGAGACCGGCGCUAGAAUCCCUCAAGCCCGCUCCUCCCGCCACCCCUGCCGCGCAGGCGACCGCCGCCGAGGUCGACGCGGCUCUCGACCCCCUCCUCUUCGCCCGCACCGACCUCGCGGGCAUCAUCUCCCAGGUUGACAAAUUGGUCUCUGAUGCCCUUAAAUGCGAAACUCUGUCCAAAAGAGCAACACAAGAGAUAGAAUCAUUCAAUGGCUUCUUAACAGACACUAAGGCUUUCUUCAAGCAAUGGUCAUCCAGACUGAAGCAAGCACUAGAGACUGGUCCGGUGGAAACCGAAGCUAUCUCAAAAAAAACACUGGGAACGUGCCUAAAUACUGCUGCAAAAGGGAAUGACAAGUUGAUCAGCGGCAGCAGCAAGCUACCUGAUACAGAUCCAGUAGAGUCACCUUGCAGCAACUUUACUGAGGCCGACAUGAUUGUCUCACCUUCACCACUUGUCUCAUGGCACACUGGAUCUUGUAUGGUCGAGAGCGGAAAGCAGUUGUUUCACUUGACACCAUUGCCAAAAACAAAAGCAUGCUCAUCAAGGUGCCCAACAUCAAAAACCCAGAUGAAGACAGCUUCUAGCUUUGACCAGUUGAAUAAUCUUGUCAGACCUGUUUCAAAGUCAACCAUUUCUGAUGAUAAUCAUCCUGAUCUAGAGCAAAGUGUGAAGGUAAAGGAAUCAUGGACUGGCACCAUGACACCUCAUGUUGCUCCAGCAAACAAGGCCUCACUAGAGGACAAGCUCUGUUCGCCUUGCACUUCCUCAAUUCAGAAGAGCAGAGCACUACCUAGAUCAUGCCUGAAGACAGCAUUAUCUAGCAAGCAGCAGUUGUUCUCUCCAAUCCCGGAGGGCUCAAGGAAGGAAGAUAUUGAUAGCAAUGGUCCAACUGGGGAUGACAAACGUUCUGGAUCAUCUAAUGAAAUCUCAAAGGAUCUGGCAUCAAGGUAUGACAUUUAUGGGCUCAAUCGAUCCACCAGACAAGCUCAAGAUCCUCCAACUGGGGAUGGCAAACGUUCUGAAUCAUCAUCUGAUGAAAUCUCAAAGGAUCUGGCAUCAAGGUAUGACAUUUAUGGGCUCAAUCGACCCACCAGACAAGCCGAAGAUCCUCUUGAGUGGUUUCUGUCACCACUCAGGACCAUGGUGUUAACAGACCCAUCAGACAAUAAUCCACUUCCAACUCCUGCUUGGACUAACAUGGAGGGGAAACUGAAUGUUCCAGAUGACAAGCCCAUCCAAACCCCUGCUGUGCAUAGCAAGGCCUUGCUUGGUACGCCCUGGAAAGGCUUGGAAAGCACGAACCUGAAGGGAAGGUUGGCUGGAGAAACUACUCUCAAGAAAGAACUGUGGACUCGGUUUGAGGCGGCUUCAGCCAAUGAGCUGCACUUUGAUAAGGCGCGCUUCCAGAAGACAGACGCAAAAUGUUUCCUAGACAUGCUUGAAGAAGAGGCGUCGUGA